AAUAAACAUUCAGUAGUCAAACUCUGUUGUUGUUUUCAAAAUUCUCAGUGUGAAAAACGUCAUUAGUCAUAAAUCCAUAAAAAGCACAAACUAUUAUUAAAAAAAUGGAAGGAGACACAAUGAUGACCGCCCUCAAGUCAGCGUUCAGCAAACUGGGUCAGGAAUAUUUUCAAAAUUUGGAUGACACGUUUUCCUGCGUCGUUUUCGUGCUGUGCGCAAUUGUGUUCUGGUAUUUUGCAACCUGGAUCAUCAAUACUAUCAUCAAACUUCUGUUUCCGCUGAUGGUUUGCUUCAUUUUUUUAGUUAUUCUUAACGAAAAACAUGCCGACGCCCUGACGACGAUGAUGUCCAUAAUUCGAAAAGUUUGCAUACGAAUGAAUGAAACAUUUGGUACAUUUAAGGCAGCCGUUAGAUAAAAAUAAAUAUAUUUACAUAAUACAAA